GUACGCAGCUCAGCGCAAAGAGAAAGCGAGCGCGCAGAUCUAUCUGUACAUCAGUGGUUUUCCGCUAUCUGGCUGCUGUCUGGUGUGAUAAGGGGAUAAAGCGGAAGGAAUAUGGUUCCAUCUCACGUUCCUCCGGCUGCAGCGCUGUCAUAACGGAGUUUUCGUGUGGGCGGCUGGGGCUUGUACUCGGUCCACCGAAUAACCAGGAUUCCUGCCUUUCCCGUUUAACGCGGUAGUCCCUGCAGCAGUAGCUGAGCGUCACGGGAACAGAUGGUGGAGGCCGUGGUAGAGUUUGACUAUGAGGCUCAACAGGAGGAUGAGUUGAGUCUGCGUGUCGGUGACAUCAUCGUCAAGGUAACCAAGGAUGACGGAGGGUGGUGGAAAGGAGAGAUAGACGGACGGAGGGGGCUGUUCCCAGACAACUUUGUCAGAGAGAUGAAGAAGGAGGUGAAGAGAGCGGCGGGUCCUAAAUCUGAUUUGUCCAAUGGCAGUACAAGCCCUGUACCUGAGCCUGACCGACGACCAGCCAGGAAAGGAGAUCAAAUCCACCAGAGGAGGUGUAAGGCUACCUUCAGCUAUGUUCCCCAGAACGAGGAUGAGUUAGAGCUGAAGAUAGGAGAUGUCAUCCACAUACUGGGGGAGGUGGAGGAGGGCUGGUGGGAGGGCAGUCUGAACGGUAAGACAGGGAUGUUUCCCUCCAACUUCACCAGAGAGCUGGAGGACACGCCCCCUUCACUAGACACAUCCACUAGGUCAUCACAGGAGGAGCUACGCAGCAACAAGACCAGUAAAGACAGUCCAGGCAGCGAGAGUGACGGAGGAGAGAGUCGCUCUGACAGUGGAGAGAUUCAACCCAAGAAGGUUCGAGGGUUUGGGUUUGGUGACAUCUUUAAAGCCCAGCCCAUCAGACUGAGACCUGCAUCUGGAGACAUGGACACAGAGGGAGAGAAGGCACAGGUUAGGAAAUCACCCUCUGUUUCCCUGGAAACCAUGAAGGCGGAACCUGAGGGCAUGGUGAAAGGCCGUGAGCUGUGUAAGGUCAUCUUCCCGUACGACGCCAAUAACGAAGACGAGCUGUCAAUGAAAGAGGGAGAGAUUGUCACCAUAAUCAACAGGGUGUGUGUGUCUAACAUCAGAGUCCAUGCAUGCGGUUGUGCAUGUGUGUAUCAGGACUGUGCUGAUGCGGGGUGGUGGAUGGGGGAGAUAGGGGGGAGAAAGGGAGUCUUCCCUGAUAACUUUGUCAAGCUGUUAAUACCUGAUGUGGAGAAAGAGAGACCAAAGAAGCCGCCUCCCCCCAGUGUCCCUUCGGGUAAACACACCACAGAGAAAAGGUCAGAGGUCAGGAAGGUACCCCCGGAGCGCCCAGAGCACGUGCCUCACAGACCACCUGACGACAACAAAGGUGAGGAGGUGAAGGUUGGAGAAAUCCCUAAGCCCGCCCUUCCGUCCAUCCCUCCAAAAAAGCCCCGCCCACCAAAGACAAGCUCCUCCCACCUCCCUCCCCGAGGCCCAGACAGACCUGAAAGACCUCCUUCUGUACCGUGUGAGAGCCCUAAAUCUGAGGGUGGGGCUGUGACUCCAGAUUCUGCCUCUGACAUGUCAAAAGACAUCGAUGUGGUUUAUUUGGACUCGCUAGUCUUGUCUACAGAGAAACUAAGCCAUCCCACCGCAAUGCGACCAAGAGUCCUCGUCCGCAGACCACGCUCCCUGAUCAUCAGCACAUCUUCUCUGUCCAGUAUUGACCAGCUGGACUCUCCUGUGGUGGAGGAGCAGAGAAAGGGGAAGGACAGAGAAAAGGAGGAGCAGAGAAGGGGGAAGGACAGAGAAAAGGAGGAGCAGAGAAGGGGGAAGGACAGAGAAAAGGAGCUGCAGGAGAGGAAAGCACUUCCCACCAUCACUGUACCUGACAGUAAGGGUGUGCUGCCACCCAAGCCUGCUGUCCUUCACCCACCGUCGACAGAAAGCCUGGCCCUCCGCCCUAUAAGCCCCUCCCCUUCAUACACAAAACCCACCUCUUCAUGUAUAAGCCCUUCCCCUGAGCCCAGGCCGACGCCCACCCUGGAGGAGCUGAGGGGACAACUGAGAGAGCUGAGAGCCUCUGUAGAACUGCUGAAGAGCCAACACAGGCAGGAGAUGAAGCAUUUGUCCAGUGACCUGGAUGAGGAGAAGAGGAUCCGCCUUACUAUGCAGAUGGAGGUGGAGAAGAUUAAGAGGAGUUUAUUUAAAUGACCUUUCACCCUCCCUGGCGCAUAUUGAUGACAUCACCUCACGCUGGAGCCAGAGUGUGACAUCAUCCCUGGGAAGGGUUCAGACGAACUAGUUUGUGCCAGAAAUCAACAUCAAUGACAGACGAUCCCAAUCCCCUCUUGUCUGUUUGUGUUGAAAAGGCUUGCUUAUUUUUUUUGUUUCCUGCUAUCUGAUUGGAGUGUUCUGGAUCAGGGGCGUAGCCUCACUACUAUUCUGUCUGACAUCACGCUACUCAAAACACCUGGAACACCUUCACCUGCUGUUAGAGUGUGUGUGUCAGCAUACAAGGUUUCUAUGGCAACCCCACACUGUGGCCUUCCUUCCUGUUUUAGAUGUCUUUCUUUCUGAUGACAUAAAGACCGUUUGUGGACUUCAUAUCUCCAGGAAAGUGAAAUAGACUUUUAUAUUCCAGUAUUCUAAAGAUGAAGAUUAUGGAUGUGUGCUGAUUUUAAUAAAAUCAAAAUAAACUCAA